AUGGUGACCGGUCACUUGUUUGCCGCCAUCCUGUUCACCGCAAUCUGUGACGGCAACGUCGACGAUGCCGGUUGCCCCAUGGUCGGUGGCUGCUUCAUUUGCCCCGUGUGCUGGAUCUACCCGGCCGAGAUCUUCCCUUUGGGUGUGCGCGCGUCGGUUGUGUCGCUGUCGACGGCUGCCAACUGGGCCAUGGGUGCUGUCAUGACGGAGGUGGUGAAGCUUUUCCCGCAUCUGAACAUCAACGGUGUGUUCUUCUUGUUCGCGGGUCUGUGCUGUAUCUGCGGCGUAUUUGUGUACUUAUUCUGUCCCGAGACGAAGGGCAUCAUGCUGGAGGACAUCGAAGAGCUGUUCCAUCGCGGACAGCCCAAAUCGCCUGCUUUCAUGGAGGUCAAGUCCCCGCAACAGUCGAUGGCUUAA